AUGAACUUUCUUUCGACUCCACUUUUCUUCUUCGCCAUCGCCGCCGCUUCCCAAAUCUGCACUGAAAAUUUCUGCCGGGCUUGCUCCCUUAUCGACGGAAAUCACCACUUCUGCCGUCAAAUCCAAAAGUCAAAAUGCUGCGAAGCCUGGGGAAUGAAAUCUCACCACUCCCUCGUCCCUUCUGCCACCGAAAAAGCAUUCGUCGAGGUCGAAACUCCGGAAAUUUUCCAAGAAAAAGAGGGAUCGACCUUCUCAAAAAUGAACAUCCUCGUCAUCUGCUUCAGCUUUGUCAUCUUCGUUGUCUUCAUUAUCCAGCUCGAGCGAAUCAUUGAAAACAUCGUCAAAAAACCAAAAGCUCAUAUGGAAGAUAAAUUUUAUCUGCGCUCAAACUCAGAAUCAAGCGAACUUUUACUGUAA